AUGAAGGAAUUAGAGCACGAACUCGACGGGUGGAAAGGUUAUGUGGAUUACCGGUUUAGGCCUGCACAAAAAGGUCGACAUGGCGGCAUGCGUGCCGCUUUAUUCGUCUUGGGUGUUGAAGUUUUAGAAAAUUUGGCAUUUUUAGCAAAUGCAAGCAAUUUGGUGUUAUAUUUGUCAAAAUAUAUGAACCUUCCUAUAUCAAAAUCAGCAAACAAUGUCACAAAUUUUAUGGGCACUGCUUUCCUUCUAGCACUCCUUGGUGGCUUUUUAUCAGAUGCUUACUUUACUGGCUACUAUAUCUACCUCAUGAGUGCAGGCAUUGAGUUUUUGGGUUUGAUCAUACUUACUUUCCAAGCCCGUUCGCCUUACCUCAAACCCGAACCAUGUAACAAACUAAAAACAACCAUUUGUGAAGAAAUUCAUGGUGGAAAAGCCGCAAUGUUGUUCAUUGGUCUCUACCUUGUGGCUUUUGGUAUUGGAGGUAUAAAGGGAUCACUACCAACACUAGGAGCCGAACAAUUUGACGAAGAUGACCCUAAAGGAAGGAAACAAAGAUCGACUUUCUUCAAUUAUUUUGUAUUUUGUUUGUCGUUUGGUGGUCUAAUCGCAGUCACGUUGGUGUUAUGGAUCGAAGAUAAUGUAGGUUGGCAAUGGGGUUUCGGAAUUGCCACCAUUUCUAUAUUUUUGUCAAUCAUAAUCUUUAGUUCGGGUUCAUGCUUCUAUCGCUGCAAGGUUCCCAAAGGAAGUCCUCUUACAACCAUGUUUAAGGUUAUACUUGGAGCAAUUCUAAAUGUGUCCAAGACUGAAUCCAAACAAAGCCAUAACAUCGCCAACCCGACCCAAAGCCCGUAUCCUCUUCUACCAACAUAUACCAUCGAGCAACAACGAGAGAACAAUAACGGGCCCGAAACACCAAACCCAUCUCAAUCCCGCGGGUUCCUAAACCGUGCAAUCGAAGCCAAACCCGCUUUCAAAUCACUCAAAUGCUCGGUCCAAGAUGUAGAAGAUGUCAAGAUCAUGUUACAAAUACUUCCAAUAUUUGCUUGCACCAUAAUACUCAAUUGUUGUUUGGCCCAAUUAUCGACGUUUUCAGUCCAACAAGCGGCCACAAUGAACACAAAUAUCGGCCCAUUCAAAGUCCCACCCGCAUCACUACCCGUUUUCCCAAUAAUCUUCUUGAUGAUCUUGGCCCCGUUAUACGACCAUGUCGUAAUCCCAUUUGCUAGAAAAUGUACCAAGUCCGAAACAGGUAUUUCUCAUCUCCAACGGAUCGGGCUCGGGCUAUGCUUCUCCACUAUAGCCAUGGCGGUUGCGGGCCUAGUGGAGAUCAAACGGAAAAAAGUGGCAAACAAACAUGGGCCCGGCCCAGGCCCAUUGCCCAUUACAUUCUUGUGGAUUGCGUUUCAAUAUUUGUUUUUGGGCUCGGCUGAUCUUUUUGUGUUGGCGGGGCUAAUGGAGUUUUCUUUUACUCAAGCACCGGUUAAAGUGAGAUCGUUAGCAACGUCGUUUUCGUGGGCUUCUUUGGCUAUGGGUUAUUAUCUUAGCGGUGUCAUUGUGUCGUUUGUUAACAGUGUUACGGGCCGGGGAAACGGACACCAUCCGUGGUUGUCGGGUGAGAAUUUGAAUCAUUUUCAACUUGAUAAGUUUUACUUGCUAAUGUUUGUUUUGAGCGUGUUGAAUUUCUGUUUCUAUUUGUUUUGGGCUAACCGUUACAAGUAUAGAUUGAUAUCGGGGAACGAUUAAACUUUAAAGGUCGUAUGAAGUUCGGUCUAGUAGAUCGAUCGAAUGAUUAUGUUGUAAGAGGUCUUUUAAUGAAAAUGAUGUGAUUAUGUUGUG